GACCUCGAGCGAGUGAAGUAGCGAAGCAAACUACUGAUUCAGUAGUCGGUGUGUGAGGCAAUAUUGGGCCCAGGAACUCGAACUCACAUACGCACACUCAACCAGAACUGAAGUGUGUGUGUGUGUGUGUGUACACACAGCAUGUGCAAUAUACAUUCAAGAACUCCUAGAUAGAGGCGAGAGAACGAGCGAACCAUCAGCACCACCAUUGCCCCCGUCCUUACCUCCCCGGUGCUGCUCCUUCUUCUCUCCGUGUUCUCCACCAUAUUCGCUACUGGAGUAUGGACUCGUACUACGAAUUACACGUACCUCACGAGUCGCUCACGAAUCACAACGGCAUGGAGAGACAGAGAAACACAGACGGAGGAGAGAGGACACUUACUACAUGAACCGCACUGUUUUGAGCCGCCGAGAACGGCACACCCGCCGCCCUAGUCGACAUACACACCACUAGAACUACUAUACUCGGAGGAAAAGCACAAAUUGACAGGAAGUGGCGAUCUCUUGGCUCGUUUGCUCGCACUCCACAUUGGACCCAAAAAAUCAACAUGCCUAGUGAAUUGGACCACAGUGCUGGUGCUCGUGACAGACAACCCCAUCAUCGAGUCUGAUCCGAGGAAUCCGUGCUCCACAACAACCUGAGUGGCCACCACCACCAUCACCUCUUGGAGUGGACGAGCGUCAUCCGCAUCCUCAUCAUCGUUCCAUGCAUCCAUCCCUUCAUCCAUGCACCUAUCCAUGGAUCGGAGUGAAUGUGAUCAGCUGUCGUGAAAUUCCUGCACAAUCUGUUAGCCUUCCAUCAUGUGUCAUCCGCACCAAAUUGGAUUCGAACCCGUUGUUCAGCUUUCUGAAGUCUAAGUAACCCUUCUUCCUCCACCGCUCCAUCCACCCUUCUUCUUUCCUCGUGCAAUCCAUCAAUCAAUCACUUGGUUCAAGCCAGUUCCAAAGCCAAAGAUGAGCUUCAAAGGUCUCACCUCGUCCUCUCAAGAGAAGAGAGCGGAGAGGCAAAAGAGUCUGGAGCCCUCGUUCAAGCUAGUCAUGAUUGGGGAUUCCGGGGUCGGGAAAUCGUGUCUAUUGGAGAAACUACUCGACCUUUCAUCUACCAAUGCAUUUAUUUCCACAAUCGGGGUGGAUGUCAGAACCCACGUCAUCAAUGUGAAUGGUCACGCUUUCAAGCUCCAGGUGUGGGAUACGGGCGGUCAACAACGCUAUCGUCCCGUGUUAUCCUCGUGCUAUCGCAACGUGCAUGGGAUUAUCAUGGUGUUUGAUGUGACCAACGUCAAAUCCUUCGCCAAUCUACCCCAAUGGAUCAAAGAAGUGAAGGAGUUCGCUCCGAAUCAGGGUGUUGUACCCAAGCUUCUAAUUGGCAACAAAAGCGACCUAGCAGAUCGGCGCGAGGUGAAGCAGGAGAUUGCCGAAGCCUUUGCCAAAGAACACUCCAUGUCCUACAUCGAGACGUCAGCCAUUGCCACCACAAACAUUCGGGAGGCGUUCAUGGCUCUCUUGCAAAGCAACAACGACUGAAAGUGACAGACCUCUUCGUCACUUCUUCCCCCUUAUCCUCUCCUCGUCGUCGCACACCAAACAGUUCACUAGAUAUUGUACUACAUUAUCGGUGUUGUGCUUGAUCAUCUUCAUCGCCACAUCUUUGGAGCAGAUUGUGUGGUGUGACGGGGGAUGCUCCUAUUUUUGGAUGGAACUGUGUAGGAGAUAGUGUAACUUGGUUUAAAACGACAUGAGAAGGGAGAGACUCAAUGGUGAAUCGAAAUGUUGGCAAUGGUUGUGAUCCUAGCCAACCUACCCUAGUUCUCUCAAAAUCUGUGUUUUUUCUUACAUUCACCCUAGAACGUUGAGAAUUGACCCCUUAUACUGAUCUUGAACCCAACCACUCCCAUAUUAAGCUGUGAUGUACGAAUGCACAUUCCAGGCCAUAUUCGGACUUCUAC